AUCUAAGAUGUGGAGAGCUUUUCUGUUCUUAAUGGGAACAUGAUGGCAUGUCGAGGCUCAUGCUGGUGUUUGGGUUUUGGUGCCCCGAGCGAGGACACGGCACGCUUUGCUAUGCUCGCACUGCUCAUCAUGCUGUACCUGGUGUGUGGGGCUGCUGUAUUCUCGGCACUCGAGCGACCAGAGGAGGAGCAGGCCAAGGGUCGAUGGGCUCGCAAUUUCGAGCAGUUCAGCCGCAAGCACAACGUAAGCCGAAAGGAUCUGGAGGAGUUUCUGCGUGCCUACGAGGAGGCUACAGGGGCUGGGAUCCGUGUGGACAGACCAAGGGCUCGCUGGGAUUUCCCAGGAGCUUUUUACUUUGUGGGCACUGUUGUGUCCACUAUUGGAUUUGGGAUGACCACACCGGCCACAGUGGGUGGCAAAAUCUUCCUGAUCUUUUACGGACUAAUAGGCUGUGCAGCCACCAUCCUGUUUUUCAACCUGUUUUUAGAGAGAAUUAUAACUGUCCUGGCGUUUGUACUGAAGUCCUGCUACGAGGUCCAGCAUCGGCGCAAAGGAGUGCUACCUCAUGACAGCAGACAUGAGUCCAGUCACACGAGACAGCAUGAUGAGGACAGCCUGGCAGGGUGGAAGCCAUCGGUUUACUGUGUGAUGCUGAUUCUCUGUGUGGCAGCUUUAAUCAUAUCCUGCUGUGCUUCAGCCAUGUACUCGUCUAUGGAGGGAUGGGGCUACCUGGACUCUCUGUACUUCUGCUUUGUAGCAUUUAGCACCAUCGGCUUUGGGGACAUGGUGAGCGGCCAGCGCGCCACCUAUGAAAAUCAGACACUUUACAGCCUGGGCAAUUUCUUUUUCAUUUUGACUGGAGCUUGCUGCAUUUACUCGCUCUUCAAUGUUAUUUCUAUAGUCAUCAAACAGGUUCUAAACUGGCUUCUAAAGAAGCUAGAAAUCCCAUGUCGACACUGUCCUGGGAGAAACCUUCGGCCAGGCAGAAAUGCAGUGAUGCCUGGACACUUUCGUACACGCGUGAGGAACAUAUCUAUAGACACGGAUGCUGUGAACGAUAGUGAAACGGAUGGGCGCAGGAUGUCUGGGGAAAUGAUCUCCAUGAGGGACUUCUUGGCUGCUAAUAAGGUCAACCUGGCUAUCAUGCAAAAGCAAUUAUCUGAGACAGCCAAUGGCUAUCCAAGACCGCCUGGCUCUGUUAACCGUCAUAAUGAAUUCUCUGGUGGAGUUGGAGCUCUGGGUAUUAUGAACAACAGAUUGGCUGAGACCAGUGUGGACAGAUAAGUCUGACUGCCAACAAACCAAUAUAAGAACUAGAAAGAACUAUGUAAGACCAACAUGUACCAUCCUGAUAUUUUAGGAUUAUCUGUAUU